UUUCAGCUGCAGUAUUCAGCUUCAUCAUGGCUGGGCACCUGCUGUUUGUCAUCCUCAUCUAUUCUUUGAAUGAGAUCAAAGCACAAGCCCUUCUUCCACCUAAACUGACACUGAGUAAAACAGAGAUCAGGGAGACAGACUCAGUCACAAUGAACUGUGAGGCUCCAUCCUCUGUUUCUGUAACUCAGUGUUAUUUCUACACUUUGAGUGGAGGAACAGUCAGAAAUUUGCCGUGUAUAAAGAGACUGACAGGAGCUGAACUGCUAGAUUGGGCGAAGCUCAGAUCACCUGCUGAAGUUAAAGUGCGCUGUUAUUAUUCUGCACAGCCUGGAUGGUUUUCUCCAGAUGGUAGCAUAUCUUCCAUCAACAUACAAACUUCUCUUCCACCCAAACUCAUUGUUAAUCCUAUGGUGAUCACAGACACUGACACAGUCACAUUGAAGUGUGAGACUCCACCAUCUGUUUCUAUCGCUCAGUGUCAUUUCUACACUUCGAGUGGAACAAUCAAAAAUUUUUCAUGUAUGAAGAGACUGACAGGAACUGAACUACUGGAGUGGGCAAUGCUCAGAUCACCUGCUGAAGUUAAAAUAGGCUGUCAAUACAUAAUAAAGCCUAGAAAGACAAUGUCUCCAUCCAGUAACAUGUCCUGCGUUAAAGUGCAAAAUACAUAUGGAAAGGAUGGAAGCACCACAGAUUUAACAACCUUGAUUCCCAGCGAAACACCAUCUGCUAAUAGAGUUGAUACAGGUCUGAUGAAUUCAGCAUCAGCUGAUAAAAUAACAGCUGUUUUUAACACUAAAAGUACAUCCCUACCUGUAACAACUCUGAGAACAGCACCAGAGACACUGAAACUGCUUGUUGUUUUGGCUGGUUGUGGAGUAGCUGUGGGUGUUUCCUUACUGGGAUUUGCACUUAUGAGGAAUCUACGGAAAACUGGUGGUAAAGAUGGCUUAACGAACAAACGAUGUCUUGGAAAGCUGUUACCCAAUGAGGAAGCAAACAUGGCAAUAAACUCAGUACCUGCUCCUGACAACCCUGUUGCAGAUUUUAUUGAACAAGGUGGGAAGAAUCCUCAGAAUAAUGAAUCUGAUACAUACGAUUUGUACGCCACCAUCCCUCAGGAGCCAGUUCCAUUAUCGCUGAUGGGUAUGGUUUAUAGCACUGUGGAGGCACACUGAAACAGAAACUUUUGUUGAAACAAAGGGGAAGCAAAUACUGUACAUGAUAGAAGUGCUUUAAAUUCAGACCUUGUGUUAUAAAUUGACUGCCACUAGUCAAUGUGACAAUAUUGAAUUCACCAAGGUUCACCAAUUUAUAUCCAAAUAUUAAACAUUUUUUGUAUAAUGUUCAAGAUAUUUUACCCUAAUUUUACCCUAAGUAAAUGCAAUGGUGAUUUAUGUCAUCAAACUGAAUUUAAAAAGUUUUUAAAAAGUACUUUAAUGUACUUUAAUACUAAAAAAGAAAACAGUCUCAAUGUGGAAAUAUAUUUCUGUUCAUGUUCUCUAAAAGCAGACUAUGAAUAAAGAAUUGCAUUUGUUUGCUUGUUCAGAUACUUAGGCAGUAAAUUUAGAUCUUUCAUCUUGCCUUGAAUAAGUAACACCUCACAUAAAACCUGAAUAUAUAAUUAAAGGAAGACCACAUGCGUGGAAGAACAGCUCUGCAGUGUCAUAGAUAGAUUCUGUUUCUAUACUUCAUAUGUUUUCAUCGGUCACAGCAUGAGAACAAACGAAUACUUCAACAUGUCAGUGCUAUUUACAAUUAUAGUAUUGCAUUUUUGACUUGUGUGUUUUUUCCCCAUUCAAUUCUUGAUUGUUUAAUGAAACACAGAGCAUGGCUUUACUUAGGCAUGAUCUGGUAAUUUAUUUUAAAACAAAGUCAAUUUGUUGUUUUUGGUUAUUUGCUUCUUGUUGAUUUCAUUAUGUUCUCUGUGUGUCUUAUAUUUCCUAGUCUAGUUUGCUUAUACUUGUAGUUUAUUUAGUACUUCUAGUUUUGGUUGUUUUAGUAUUUGGUCCUGUUUAUGUUUGCUCUCAUCUGUGUUAUGUUUGUCUGGGUCUUGCCCCUUUCUGGUUCCUCCCCAGCAUUUCCUGCAUCGUCUUCAUGUUUGUCAAGUUGCCUGUUUUCCCCAGUCAUGUGUCCAUGUGUGC